AUGCACAUGAAUAAAAAUGGCCUUUGUAACAUUUCGAUUUUUCUGGCCGAAAGGCAUUAUACCCACGUCAUGUCGGCUCCAUUUCAACGUGCAGUGAUGGCAUACAAUCGGACUUUGACUCGGGAUCACUGGAUUGUCGUCGGUAGGGUUUUGACACCCUCCGAGAGGGUCGAUUACGACAACGCAUGCGCCCUCAAAAGGCUGAUUGUGUCGAAAAUGAAUCGAAUGAGGGCUUCCGACCCAAAAUAUCAUGUUUCUUUCAUUCUAGUGGAUAAGAAGACUAUAAGGCUGCGAAUAGACAAAGACUACCUGACUCUUGAUGACGCUGCUGUGAAGUACGGCAUAAGCACUGAAGAGAUAACUGCUGAGCGAAAUCGCAACGGAGGAUCAAAGAAUAAUCGAAAUGGAAAGAGAACUGCUCCACCUGCUGAGGGACCUAGACCUACCAGUAAACAAUCGAAACCGUGA